GAUUGACUAGUCGAGCUCGGAACGGCGACGUGUAGGUUAAGAAUGCGCCGCUUAUUAUCGAUUUAUCUCUAUCCCGAACAAAGACGCUAUCGCUCCCAGUGGGGGGAAGGGAAAGGGGGGGUAGAAGCGACGGAGAUACCCGGUCGAUGAUACCCUCGAAAGAUAGCUUCGGAAAAUAGCUUCGAAAAGCGAAGACCUUCAAGAGCAGAAUCCGUUGAUUCGCUGACGACUAUCGGCUUGGGUCCGCCUUGGCCGUCUACAAAGACCAUGGCAUCGCCUCCCCAGCACCGGCCGCUGCUCCAACCCGGUCGAGCAGAGUCGAGUCGUCGCAGCCGCAACAGCUAUCACACCAUGGCUAUCGCCAACGACACUACCCCCGAGGCUACUGCCACCGAUGGCACCGACCACGUGGUCGCAGGUGCCAAACAUGACGAGGCCCGCCGUCUCUUGCGACGGAUCGACCGGCGCCUCAUGCCGCUGCUCUUCGUGACCUAUGGAUUCGGCUUCAUGGACAAGACGAUCCUGUCGAGCACGUCCGUCUUCGGCCUGCGAGAGGACAACAACCUCGUGGGGUCCAACUACUCCUGGGUCUCGAGCGUCUUCUACUUUGGCUACUUCAUGUGGGCGUACCCGACCUCCCUGCUCGUCGCCCGCCUGCCGGUCGCCAAGUACCUCGCCGUCACCACAUUUGCCUGGGGUGCCGUGGUCGCGGUGACGGCCGCAUGCUCGAGUUACGGCGGCCUCAUCACGGUGCGGUUCCUGCUCGGCGUCGCCGAGGCGACGCUCUCCCCGGCUCUCAUGUUCAUCACGUCGACCUGGUACACCCGCGACGAGAUCCCGACGAGAACGGGUAUCUGGUUCGCCGGAAAUUCGGUAGGCGGUAUCGUCUCGUCGCUUCUCGCUUACGGGAUCGGUCACAUCACCAAUAGCCUCAGCCCGUGGCGUUGGAUGUUUAUCAUCUUGGGCGCUGCGACGUUCCUGCUGGGAUUCGCAAUAUUGUUCUUGUUGCCCGAUAGCAUCUCCAAGGCUAAAUUCCUCACGCCCGAAGAACGCCAGUGGGCUGGCGAUCGCGCGGUCAUCGCCGGCACGGGUCGUACCGAGAACACGACUUGGAAGUGGGAGCAGAUGGUCGAGUGCCUGCAGGACCCGAAGACGUGGCUAAUUUGGUCCAUGGCUCUGCUCUGCCAGAUCCCGAACGGUGGCACUCAGAAUUUUGCCAACUUGGUCAUCACCUCAUUCGGAUUCACGUCGCUUCAAUCGACGCUCAUCAAUAUCCCAUACUCUCUCCUCGCUACGGCGGCCGUUUCGGGGUCUGGUUGGUUGGCUGGACGUUUCCGUUCGAUGAAUUGCAUCCUCAUCGGCCUCGUCGUUCUCCCACCCGUGAUCGGGUCCGCUUUGAUCGGGAGCCGCCGUUCGAUACCCCAUGGCGUGUCUCUGUUCGGCUACUUUCUAUUGUCGACAGGCCCAGCCGGGUUGCCCUUACUGUUGUCCCUCGUACAGUCGAAUUACCGAGGCGUUACGAAGAAGAUGACUAUGACCGCGAUGCUAUUUAUCGCAUAUUGUACCGGGAAUAUCGCCGGUCCCCAGUUAUUCAAAGCAGCUGAGGAGCCUACCUACGACACGGCCUUUCGUGGCAUUAUGAUAUGCUACGCUCUGGUGAUCGGCUUCGCUGCUGUCCUCAGAACAUACUUGCAACUAGUGAAUAACCGCCGACGGAGGGAAGAGGGCAUUGAGGGCAGCGCUGGCACCUCGGGCGCCAUCGGUGGAGGUAAGGUGAUUGACGUUGCCGACGGCCACGGUGCAACUGAGGCAGCAAACGAGAUUCGACUUCGCCCCGAAGACUACGACGACAUAACCGACUGGAAAACACUCGGUUUCCGCUACCGGCUCUAACAUGGGAGGGUUUCAUUAUCAGGUAUUUUACCGGAUGCCCAUGCGAGGUUUGGUAUUAUACGUACCUUACACAUCUUCUCCUAUUCUCGACCCGGCGCUGCGGUACCCAACCUUCCUAACUUGAUAAUUCAUUUCGG